GCCAGCCCAGCCACGUGCGACAAGGGCCGCGUGGCCUGCCAGCAGGCCUCUGAGCACUUCGCCCAGAAGGGCCCCACCUGGAAGGAGCAGGUGGCAGCCCCCAUGGAGCUGACAGGGCCCGAGGAGGAGAGAGCAGCCGGCGAGGUGCAGGCACCGUCAACGUUCUCCAAGUUGAAGAUGGAGAUCAAGAAGAGCCGGCGUCACCCUCUGGGCAAGCCACCGACCAGGUCCCCGCUGUCCGUGGUCAAGCAGGAGGCCUCCAGUGAUGAGGGUGAGUGGGGAUGCCGUCCCUACCUGCUCGGGCCCCGGGUCCUAUGUACCCCGUUCUCUCACCCAGAGCCUCCCCCGAGGUCUCCCUCCACCACCUCCCCUGCCGGUCAUCCCCACCGCCACCAGCUUAGGCCAGGCCCUCAGCGUCUGUCCCCAGACUGCCCAGCCCUCAGACACAGCCCCACGCCCAUAGCAACCCAGCUCAGCCUGCGGGUCUCCCCAGAAGAGCGCCCCAAGUCUCUUCCCCUCAGCCCCAUUUGCUCUCCUCACU